UUCUAGGGUCUUUCAGUACCUAGCUGUAUGAGAAAAGGGAAUAUUCGGGGAAAUUUCCAAUAUUUCGCGUUCAACUUCAACAGAGUAUUUAGCAAUAAUAUAUAUAGUCGGUCUAAUGACAUAUAUGUAUAUUUUACACGCGUUUUAACGGUCUCUUAGUACGUAAACUAUUUUAUCCAUGCAAUCCUUUUUACUGAACCGUUGAUUUAAAUAAUAUCUACGCCAUGGGAAUACUCGAGAAAAUCUCGGAAAUCGAGAAGGAAAUUGCAAGAACUCAAAAAAACAAGGCAACGGAAUACCAUCUGGGAUUGUUGAAAGCAAAAUUAGCAAAAUACCGAUCGCAGUUGUUAGAACCCUCAAAAAAAUCGGAAAAAGGUGAAGGUUUUGAUGUUCUCAAGUCCGGUGAUGCCAGAGUAGCUCUCAUCGGUUUUCCAUCAGUUGGAAAAUCCACUUUAUUGAGCACGCUAACUCAUACAGAAUCAGAAGCCGCUUCCUAUGAAUUUACCACCCUGACUUGUAUCCCUGGUGUUAUCGAGUACAAAGGAGCAAACAUACAACUUCUUGAUUUGCCUGGAAUCAUUGAAGGAGCUGCUCAAGGAAAAGGAAGAGGAAGACAAGUGAUAGCUGUUGCAAGAACGGCGGAUCUUGUAUUGAUGAUGUUGGAUGCAACGAAGCAAGAUGUACAGAGGCAAUUAUUAGAAAGAGAAUUAGAGUCUGUGGGCAUAAGAUUGAACAAGCAAAAGCCAAACAUAUAUUUCAAGAUAAAAAAGGGUGGUGGAUUAUCAUUCAACUCGACAUGUCCAUUGACUAAAGUAGAUGAAAAACUAGUCCAGAUGAUACUUCACGAAUACAAGAUCUUCAACGCGGAGGUGUUGUUCCGUGAGGAUUGCACCGCUGAUGAAUUGAUAGACGUUAUUAACGCUAACAGAGUUUAUCUGCCCUGCUUGUAUGUGUACAACAAAAUUGAUCAAAUUUCUAUUGAAGAGGUUGACAGGAUAGCUAGGCAGCCAAACAGUGUUGUUGUAAGUUGUAAUAUGAAGUUGAAUCUCGAUUUCCUGCUUGAGACCCUAUGGGAAUACUUGUCACUGAUUCGAGUAUACACCAAGAAACCUGGUCAGCCACCAGAUUUUGAUGACGGUUUGAUCCUCCGGAAGGGCGUCACCGUGGAGCAUGUUUGUCAUUCUAUACAUCGCACCCUAGCAGCUCAAUUUAAAUAUGCACUCGUUUGGGGAACGAGUACGAAGUACUCACCGCAACGAGUGGGGAUUCAACAUAUAAUGCACGACGAAGAUGUUAUACAAGUUGUUAAAAAAUAAGUUGACUAUGAAUACAUCAAUUAUCAAGAUUUCUAGCGUUACGUAUAUUCAUAUAUAUUUACGCGGAUUGCACGGAAUGGGGAGGAAAGUAAAAAACGAACAGAUAUUUUGCGGGUAUUCUUACAUAUUAUCCCUGUUUUAUAAAACACUCAGAUUGUGCUAUGGAUCGAUGAAAUCUUUCUAACAAAAUAAACAUUAUUAAUCAA